CGCCGCCUCAGAAGCCCUAGGAGACUCCGGUCAAUUCUCGGUGAUAGUGGCGGGGGCUGCGGCGGCGGGGACAGCGGUGGCGGGGGCGGGCCUCCCUCGCGGCCGCAAUGCUGAGCUGCCGGGCUCAGGAGGCAGUGAGCGCGGCCGACAGGGCCAUUCAGCGCUUUCUGCAAACCGGGGCGGCAGUCAGAUAUAAAGUCAUGAAGAACUGGGGUGUUAUAGGUGGAAUUGCCGCUGCUCUUGCAGCCGGAAUAUAUGUUAUUUGGGGUCCCAUUACAGAAAGAAAGAAGCGUAGGAAAGGGCUCGUGCCUGGCCUUGUCAACUUGGGGAACACCUGCUUCAUGAACUCCCUGCUGCAAGGCUUGUCUGCCUGCCCUGCUUUCAUCAAGUGGCUGGAAGAGUUCACCACCCAGUACACCAAGGAUCAGAAGGAGCCCCCCCCACACCAGUAUUUAUCCUUAACACUUUUGCAUCUCCUGAAAGCUUUAUCCUGCCAAGAAGUAACCGAUGAUGAGGUCUUGGAUGCAAGCUGCUUGUUAGAUGUCUUAAGAAUGUACAGAUGGCAGAUUUCUUCAUUUGAAGAACAGGAUGCUCACGAAUUAUUCCAUGUCAUUACCUCAUCAUUGGAAGAUGAGCGGGACCGCCAGCCCCGGGUGACACAUUUGUUUGAUGUGCAUUCCCUGGAGCAGUCAGAAAUAACUCCCAAACAAAUAACCUGCCGCACAAGAGGGGCACCUCAUCCUUCAUCCAAUCACUGGAAAUCUCAGCAUCCUUUUCAUGGAAGACUUACUAGUAACAUGGUCUGCAAACACUGUGAACACCAGAGUCCUGUUCGAUUUGAUACCUUUGAUAGCCUUUCACUAAGUAUUCCAGCUGCCACAUGGGGUCAUCCGUUGACCCUAGACCACUGCCUUCACCACUUCAUCUCGUCAGAAUCAGUGCGGGAUGUUGUAUGUGACAACUGUACAAAGAUUGAAGCCAAAGGGACAUCAAAUGGGGAAAAUGUGGAACACCAGAGGACCACUUUUGUUAAACAGUUAAAACUAGGGAAGCUCCCUCAGUGCUUGUGCAUCCACCUCCAGCGGCUCAGUUGGUCCAGCCAUGGCACACCCCUGAAGCGGCAUGAGCAUGUGCAGUUUAAUGAAUUCCUGAUGAUGGACAUCUAUAAGUAUCACCUCCUUGGACAUAAACCUGGUCAACACAGCCCUAAACUGAACAAGAAGGCAGGGCCUGCGUUGGAACUGCAGGACGGGCCAACUGCCCCCAAAACAGUUGUGAAACAGCCAGGGGACCCCCAAACCCAAAUUUUUAUGAAUGGCACCUGCUCCCCAUCUUUGUUGCCUACCCUGCCAACCCCGAUGCCCUUCCCCUUCCCGGUUGUUCCUGACUACAGUUCCUCCACAUACCUCUUCCGGCUGAUGGCAGUUGUCGUCCAUCACGGAGACAUGCACUCUGGACACUUCGUGACUUACCGACGGUCCCCACCUUCGGCCAAGAACCCUCUCUCAACCAGCAACCAGUGGCUGUGGAUUUCCGAUGACACUGUCCGCAAGGCUAGCCUGCAGGAGGUCCUGUCCUCCAGUGCUUACCUGCUGUUCUAUGAGCGUGUUCUUUCCAAGAUGCAGCACCAGAGUCGGGAAUACAAGUCUGAAGAAUGACUCUGCCCUGGCCCCAAAGCUAGAGAUGACGGCAUUGUCCAAACUGUCCAGGAAAGACAAAACCAGACCGUGUGUGUGCGUGUGCGUGUGUGUGUGUGCAAGCAGCCCCACUAGAGUCCUUCAGCUUUCUGGUAUGUUCCAAGAGCAGGCUCCACCUGGGAGCCAGUGGCCCCGAUUCAAACCAAAUCAGGCUCCCUGAACAGCUCUGCUAGUGUGCGUUAGAAGGUGUUAUCCUGUUAGGAAAGCAUCCAUUAUGUCUCGAGUGUCUUUUUAACUCACCUGAUACAGGUAAUUAAAGGAAAUCAAACUCCAGAAGCUACCUUUUUUAUAUUCUAACAUGUUAGGUGUUCUUGGAGGGGUGUUAACUUUGUCUAAUCCUCUGAUGUUUCAGCAUAGAUCUUUUAUUUUUAAUAAGCAGGCCCAUAAAAUUGUUGAGAAUUACUGCAAUUAUUAAAGGCAACAAUUUAGAAGAAAAAGUGCCUUUCACUUUCGACCACUUUUGUAGCAUGUCCAUUAUGGAAAAUACACAUUCUCCAAGAGUCAUAGAAACAAUUUUGAAAAGCUCUCUUCGAAGUUUCUCAAUGGAUAGCAAAAGAACAGCUAAAAGAUGCCUAAAGAACACCUGCCUUCCCUUUUUGUAUGUCUUUUUUAGUCUUUCGAUUCUUUAUAUAUAGUAAAAGCUCAUCUGCCAAAUCUGCCCGUUGGAGAAAUUCUUUCACUACUGUCAGUUCUAAGUGAAGCUCUUAACGGUUGCUUUUAUCUUUUGUAUACUGAACUAAGAGAUGCAAUUACAGUAUAUUAUAAACCUGUGUGACUAGCCAGAAUUGAGCAGUACGUGUGCAAUACCUGUGAUUCCUCGGCUCUGCAGAAAACCCUUUCUUACACAAAGAUCCAUUUUAAAUUGACAGUUAUUCGCAUCUAUUUAUUGCCCAUGCAGACCUCUUAAGGUUUACAGAUGGGGCUGGGGACUGUAAAAAUAUAACCCUAACCUGAUUUGAGAGCUGAAUUUUGAAGGAAGGGCACCAACUGUGCUGCUGCAGUCUCUCUGGACCUGUUUCAUUUGUAAAGUGAAGGGUUAGAUUUGAUGACUGUCAAAGUCCAGCCCUUUCCACAAAAAGGUGUUGAAACAUGUAACUACAGCUGACACCUAGUAGUAGUGUCACUUUGUUAUAGGUCCAUAUUCUAAAUAUUCAUUUCCAGUAGCCUAAUAGACUGUAGUGAGCAUUCUCCUCCCCCUUAAGAUAAGUCUCAUGAAUGGAGCCCAGGCCGAAGGCAUUACAGGAGUAUCUAUAUUUUAGCUAGAU